AUGCGAGACUUGGCGCUCGCUCCAGCUAACGCAUGCUGCGAUGAAAGUAUUCGAGCGUGGUCAGAGGCAGAAGAAGGGACUUUACUUGCUUAUACAAGCGGUAUGUUGGAACUUCCUCAUCCUCCAAACUUCAUCAAGGAGAUUCUGGUCAGCGAACAUCGUGCUCUGCCGGAAGACUUUCAUGAGGCACACAUGAAUUAUACGCUGACGACCAACCUCCCACCCUACGUUAACCUACCCAGGAACGCGCCGCAUCGAUUUAUUUACGACGGCAGCCACACGCUCAGCUUUGUGUUCUACUCCAAGCGUGCAGCUCAAAGCUGGGUGAAGAAAGUCUUACGCUUCCAGCGUGCCGUGAUUUCACUCCAUGACACGGUGCGCCGACCCCAGGAUGAAGGAACGGGUAGCUUUUCGCCGGCACUGCUGGAGUUGCAGUAUGCACUAUAUGUCCAUGGAGCUGGAGCGCUGGGUCUUGCCGCACUGGCACGAGCGAUGUCGCAGUUUGCAGGAACUAAAGUCCUCGAUGUUGAAUAUCCACGGUCGCAGAAAACGGAUAUCUAUGACAACAGAUUCCACAAAGUCAUUUUUGCUCAAGCCAAGUGUCCUGACGCUCUGAUGGGGGUCACACGGGUUGACUUAAACGGAACGAUGAUAACUCUCCAUCACUUCCAAGCCAAUUUACGAUUUCCGUGCACGCGAUGCUUCAAUGCAAGACACAGUGCUAAAAUGUGCAAGGUCCCUGGUCGUCUACUCGCCAAGACGCAAGCUCGGUGUUCGCGAGUGUACAAGGGUGAGGUGACUAAGGUUACACCGGCAGGAGACUCGGCGUACCGGGUGAACUCAGUUACGGAGCUCCUCGCUCUUUUCACGGCACAGCAAGACGAGUUGGCGCAAAAUGGCUCGGCCUUAUUGGAACGUACGGAGGUGGUGACAACGGCGAACGACACUAGUUCUAUCGCGCCCAGUGCCUCCAGUCCAGCGUUGACUACACCAGCUGACGUGCGACUGGAUGCAGCUUCAUCGCUCACUGCUCGCGACGAUGGCUUCGCUGUAAAGAGGUCGAAGAAGGAUCAACGCGCAGUAAAGAAGACGGAGCAGACGUCUCACUCGACGCAGUCUGCGGCUAAGAACGCUAAGAUCUCGGCAGCGGUCGGAGCUAAGACCUCCAAAUCCAGCACAAAACAAAAGCCAAGUGCGAAGGCCAAAUCACGCACGAAGCAAGCUACCGGAUUUGCGGCUUUUCAACGUGCGGAGGCGCUCGGUCAAUAUGGCCCAUUAGCCGAUGAUGAUAGUGAUGAGGACGACAAUGCACUUGAAGAGCUAGGUGUGCUGUCAAGGAAUGCGAAUGUGAACGCGAUGCUUCUUCGUAACAUGAACAUGCGAGAUAGACUGGAUAUUGUGCUUGCCCGACUCGGGUUUCCCACGCUGUCGACAGCUGAGCUAGAUGAGCGCGAGCUGGAAGCAACAAUGACAACUGAAGAAAUGAUUAUUCAUGAAGCCUACGGAGUGGAUGGUUACGCAAGCGGCUCUCAAUCGUCGAGCGCAAAGGUAGAAGGUGCCACGCAGCUCCCGUCUCGGAGCCCGCGGAUCGCCUCGGGCAAAGUAGUUGAAGAUGUGUACAUUCGCUUACUACGCGCGAUCAGCACAGAUGCUAUUCGAGAGGAAGACCGCCCUCAGUGCGAGUUAAUGCAGGCUGCGAAUCAGGAGGCGUUUAGUAGAUGGGUGUCGCUUUACCGAGAGUCGUUGGGAAUCCCGAUGAUGAAGCGAACUCAGACAAAGGUGGAUUUUCUCCGUCCUUGGCUCCUGAACAACUGCACCGUGCUCAGGCAUUUGUUUGCUUUCUUGCCGUAUCCUGAAUUAGAGGUGAAAACA